GGAAUGAUAUAGGAGUGGUUUAUUAUUUCACUUUCCGACCGGAGGAAAAAUUAAACCACCUCGACUCGAGCAGCCACUGUUUCCCUCAUCAUCAUCAUUUCUGCGGAUAAACAUGAGCUUCCAGAGAGUUCCCCGGAGCUGAAGGCCUGAUCGGGAAUGCCGGAGUCCACAGAGAGUGCCUUCUCCCUGGUCUGCUGAUACAGCGACGCCGCGUGUCGUGAUUGAAGGAUCUGCCCUGCUGUUACACAUACACACACACACACACACACACACACACACACACACACACACACACACACUCUCUCUCACGUCUGCGUCGUCAUGUUGGCCGUCCUGCUGUUUUCUCUGCUGGCGCUUCAGUCUCACGCUCUGGAUGUGCGUGUCCCAGAAUCCCCUGUGGUGGCUCUGUUCGGGUCGGAUGCGCUGCUGAACUGCUCUUUUUCGGGUGUUUCUGCGUUCAAUCUGUCGGACGUGAGUGUGUUCUGGCAGCUUUCGGACACCAAGCGCUCCGUCCACAGUUUCUGGCAGAGUCAGGAUCAGCUGACGGAUCAGGACGAGCGUUUCUCCGGCCGCACCACGCUGUUUCCGGAUCAGCUGAUGGAUGGAAAUGCCUCACUGCGCAUCAGGAAAGUGCGUGUGGCGGAUGAGGGCACUUACUCCUGCUUCGUUAGGGUGCAGUCGUAUGGGAGCGCAGCCGUCAUCAUGCAGGUGGCAGCUCCGUUCUCCAAGCCGCUGGUGUCCUGGGACUCGGACUCCAGCCUGAAGCCGGGCGAUGCGGUGUCCCUGAGCUGUGUGGCGUACGGUGGAUUCCCGCAGGCGCAGCUCCUGUGGCAGGACGGAUCCGGACACAACCUGACAGAGAACAUCACCGUCUCCCAGCUGGCCAACGAGGAGGGGUUAUUCAGCAUCAGGAGCGUCCUGAGCGUGCAUUUGGAGCCCAACAGCACAUACAGCUGCAGAAUCACCAACCCACUGCUGGGGGACGAGAGCCAGGCCUCGGUCACCAUCACCGGCCAGCCUCUGGUGUUUCCUCCAGUGGCUCUGUGGGUGACUGUGGCUCUGGCCGUGUGUUUGUUGGCUCUGCUCAUCGCUCUGGCCGUCGUCUGCCGCAGGAAAAUCAAGGAGAGCUGUGAGGAGAUGAGAGCCGAGGAGGAAGCAAAGGAACUGGAGGAAGCCAAAGUAUUAGAAGAAGCCAAAUCAGAAGUGACUCCUCUGAAGAGCUAAAGCUGAAGCUCAGGCUGACGAACUGAUGCUCAGUGAGAGACUCAGCAGAAUCACGGAUGUCGUAAGGGAUCAAACACACACACACAGACACACACACACACACACGGACACCAGAAACGUCCCUUUUCCACACGUGUCUGCAUUAGACUCCUGUGUGCAUGAGGAUGAAGAAAAAACCCUGACGCUGAAACACUCGACUGUCAUCAAAGUUCUGGAGAGUUACGUAAUAAUGAGACUUUUCUAAUCACAAGAAAUGCAUUACUUUAAAAAUUAAGUUAUAAUAUUUUAGUUACUUUAAAAAAAUGUAAUGCAAGUUACUUCUUAGUUUAAUUAAUUAACUUUUAAACAAUACGUUGCUGAAUUUUAAAUGAAUGUUGUUGAAUUCUGCACUGGAUGAGAGAAUGCAGGAAUGGACAGAACACAUGGAUGAGGAGGAAAAGGGGAUUAUAGUCUCAUUGGACUGUGAUGUUCUGUGUGUGUGUGUGUGUGUGUUUGUGUGUGAUGUUUAUCAAUCAUCGUGUGCAAAUCAAAUCAGCAAAACCCCAAACCCUUGAGGCAGGAGAGCAGCUCCACAGACCGCUCCAGCUUCACACUCUUCGUUUGUAUUCAACAGGUACUUUUAAUUGUGGGUUUUCUGUCGUCUGAAAUGUGCCACAGUAUUUGGAGGCCUUAUUGUAGACAUCGCUGUGCCGGACUGUUACUGCGUAUGUAAAUUAAAUGAUCUCAUUCUUAAA